UCGACCCCGGGGAAAACAUUACGGCUGGAGAGACGGGGGCGCUGCGGCGGGACAAGCCCCCGAGCCCAGCUUGGGGAUUCCUAGUGCCGGAUUCGAAGCGCUGCGGCCGGCUGAGGCGCAGAUCCGAGACACGACGAAUUCCUUCGGGCGAUUCAGGUCCCUCCAUCUCCUAAACCGCGCCAGGAUCCAGCGGUUGCUGGGCCCGGGGCCGGGCGGGGGCUCCACACUGCCCGGGGUCCCCGCGCUGCCCGGAGACCCUGCACUGCCCCGGUUCCCUGCACUGCCUGGGGCCGGCUGGGGCCUCGCACUGCCCGUUUCCCCGCACCGCCCGGGACCCUGCACUACCCCCCUUUCCCCGCACCGCCCGGGCCGGUCCGCCCUCACCUGGGCGGGGCGGGCCGGGCCGCUGACUGACGGGCGGCGGCCCAGCCCCCGCGGGCGCGGGCGGCGCCUCUGCUGCCAACCAGCGGGGGGAGGAGACGGCGGCGGUUGCCGAGCCGAGGCGCGGAGAGCCGGGACAGGCGUCGGGGCAGCCAUGGAGCCCCCGAGGGAUCAAGGGCUGCUAAGAAGUGACUCUAUACCUGAGGUUGGAGAGGAUGCUGCUGCUACAGUUGGUAUGGCAGAAACACUCUCAGAAGAAGAACAGGAUGAGCUAAGAAAAGAGCUUGCUAAGGUGGAAGAGGAAAUCCAGACGCUCUCACAAGUGCUAGCUGCCAAAGAGAAGCAUCUAGCAGAAAUCAAGAGAAAGCUGGGAAUUAACUCAUUACAGGAACUAAGGCAGAACAUUACCAAAAGCUGGCAAGAUGUUACAUCAACCACAGCAUACAAGAAAACAUCAGAAACCCUUUCUCAGGCUGGUCAGAAGGCUUCUGCUGCUUUUUCAACUGUUGGUUCAGUCAUAACCAAGAAGUUUGAAGAUGUCAGACUACAGGCAUUUUCACAUUCCUUUAGUAUACGCUCCAUACAACAUUCAAUUAGCAUGCCUAUUAUGAGAAAUUCUCCUACUUUCAAAUCUUUUGAGGAAAAAGUUGAAAACUUAAAGUCUAAAGUUGGAGGAAGCAAACCUUCCGGCGGAGACUUUGGUGACGUUCUCAACUCUGCUGCCAAUGCCAGUGCCACAGAAACUAUUGCAGAACAGACGCAGGAGGAGACCCACUGAGAUUCCUGCCUUUGUCCUGCUACCCACUGCCAGAUGCUGCAAGCAAGAACCAAGCACACUUGUAACAUUCUUUGCGCUCUUUCCACCAGAUGUGCUUUUAUUUAGCACUUAGCUAUUUUACCAGAUUAACUGAUACCAAGCUUGUUCGUGGGUUCCAAAUAUUUUUGAAACUAAAAUACAUUGUUUGGGGUUUUGUGUGGGAAGGGGAAUUUUUAUGCCUUUCAAGCAUUCAAAGGACUUAUCUGUAAUUUGAAGGCAACCUUUAAAAUAUAGCAAUGAAAAAACUCUUUUGAGAAGUUAAUUAUACUGUACAUAUACUGUGGAUACAUCAUUUCUUUUGAAUCUGUAACUACUGCUGAACUUAAUCAUUAUGAAUCUACUGCUGCUGCCAAAAUGAAGGUUGUUACUUCACUCCCUUGUGAUUAUUUCAGUUAAGUGUUGCCUGCAUGGGGGACACCAGACUAGGAGGAUCACUCCCAGCUAAAGAAAGGACUUCUGCUUCAGCAGGCUUUAAACAAGUUAUUCAUAGCAGGAUUACACAUGAGUAGGAGCGUACUCUCUCACGAGCAUGUUCCUCAUACAACAGAUGCAGAUAGGGUAAUACGUAACAUCUAAAAUUUACUAAUUUGUCUGUGGAUUGUCCAUCUAGGAAACUUCUGACCAUCGCAAAUGGAAGCAAGAUACCUACGAGUACUGGUUUGGUUCAGUUACAAUAACAUUUUCAGUCUUGUUUUUUUUUUUGUAAAUGAUGUUAAUGUGGUAAGAUAUUCUGAACUUUUGAUCAGUUGUGAAUAGAUUCAUGUUAAUUCACACGUGGUGGUGUCCCAUUUACACUAACGAAGCAUGGACUGUAAGAAUAAGCCUGAGCACAAUAGUUCUUUUUUUUAAGCCUCAAGAGAAAUGCUCUCAAAUGCUAACGUUGUUUCUCUUGUAGGCUGACCAUCAAAAACAUCUGUUACACCAUCUUUUUUUUUUUUUUUUUGAUGUGUGAAAAGCCUGUACCACUCGCACUGCUGUUCCUGCUUAAGGCCCCAGAAGUCUGUUUUGAGAGGUGCACGGUGUCAUACCGCAGCAUAGCUCUCUUACAAGAUCUGUUCUCCUACAUGUUGCUUUAUCUGUUGUACUCUUCAAAUUUCUUGCAUUUUGUAUGUUUCUGACACAUGGUGUCAGUAAGGUUAGAACUUUUGGCAAGUGUUUUAUCACCAUGAUUAGAACUGGAAACAAGUUUUGAAACGUUUGUGUGAAAUCCAUGAAACUUCAGCCGCUCACAGAUGUCUGGAGGAAAAAAAUCUUGGCUCCUGACAACCUUGUUAGCAUGUCAGAUGUAGUAUAUAUGCUUAAUUACAUGUGAGAAGCUUAAUAAAAACCUGUAUGUGAGGAAUGUAUUGUCCUGUGAAUAUGGAGGAUUAUAUAAAUAAGAAAUUUUCAU